GGUCAUACCGCAGCUGACACAUCUAUCUGUGGCCGAUAUGGGAGUGCUGCCAAUUGGACUGUUGGUGCCGUUCAAGCAGCUGCGCUAUCUCAACAUAUCCGGAAAUCAUUUAGACAAUAUGUCGCUGCAAGUAAUCGAUCCGUGUCGAGAGUUAGAGUUUUUGGAUUUAUCUCGCAACCAACUAUAUGGCAUCAACGAUGACACAGCGAUGCGCAUUCAACGCAUUCGCAAUGUUCGAUUGGACAACAAUCCACUGAUAUGCGAUGAAUGUCACAUGGGGAAAUUAAUAAGUGUCGUGCAACAUUUUAAGCCGCGACGCGUAGUAUUUCCACUGUGGAAAAAAGUAGAAGAUGAACUGGAAAAUCAGGUCAAAGAGGGUUUGUUGGCGAAAUUCGAUAAGGGUGAGUGGGCCACGCCGAUCGUCAUGGUACCAAAAAGCGAUGGUACGGUACGCAUCUGUGGGGACUACAAGGUGACGGUAAACCAAGGUUUAGCGUUAGAUGAACAUCCCCUACCUACAAUUGAAUAG